AUGGACUAUUUCUGUCUAAUACAAGUACGGCUCGAGGGCCGCGAAAUACCUGUUGAUAUUGAUUAUUCACAAGGAACUUCUGUUCAAGCUGUGCUUGAAAGAGCAUGUAGAACUUUGGGUAUAUAUGAUUCAUGGAAUUAUGCUUUAUAUAGCGAAUUAUUUAAAACCUGGUUAUGCGAAUCACACUUAUUGUCAUCAUACCCGGCUGAAGAUACUUUGAUAGUUCGAAAAAAGACACCGGAAUACCUUGAACUUCGUUCGGUAUCAUCAAAUGGUUUAUCACCAAAUACCUCUGUACAAACAAUAAAACGACGGGGAGUUUUUAGUAGUACAAAGACGUGUUUGAAAACGCGUUUUCAGCCAGAAACAAUUUAUUUAUCUGCUAUCUUAUUUACGAGUGAUAACAAAGUAUUGAUAACAUCAAGUGCAAAAAUGUUUCCUACUGUCGAAAUUAUAAAGGAUGGUAUAAUAUUUGGUAAUGUUGAAGAUGAUAGUGAAGAAUUCGCACAUGUUAUAAGAACUUCUCUGGAUUGGGCUACUUCAACUGAAUUUGAUAAUAAAGAAGAUAAUUCUAGUGAUACUGAUUCGUUACACUCUACUCAAUCAAAUUCAAAUAAUGGUGCUACAGGAGAUUCUGAUAAUAAUCAUUCUCAAUUUUAUGGUGAUCAAGACACUCAAUGGUCACGUGCUUUUGGUCAAGCCGCUUUAAGAUUAAAGAAUGAAUUAUCAUUGGAAUCAUUAGGAAUUUUAUACGAACAUGUUGUAUCUAUGAAUACUUCAAAAUCAAAGUUUAUCGUAACUCUUCAACAUGUACCGAAUUGUAUUAGAGAAGAAAUUGCUCCUGAUUUGAUAAAAUCUGGUACAUUAAAAUGGAAAAAUUUUGAAGAAUCUAAUUCUAUUUAUCAAAAAGAUCCACAUCCUAUUUGGUCUAAUUAUAUAGAUAAAUGGUGUUCACGUCAAACAAAAUUAUCCCCUGGACUUUAUUUAGGUGUUUUAUAUACCGAAAGUACUUUACAAGGUAUUAAAAUAUUAGUACCAAAAGAUCGUAAACAAUUUAUUCCUUUAGGUAAAGUUCGUGACGAAGCUACAAUUACUCCUGAAGAGGCAAGCUGGGUUAAAUCUUUAACUUGUUUAAGUCAGGAUUGUUUUGUGGAUUCAGUAAUGUCUACUAAAUCUGAUAAGGACCAUAACAAGUCAACUUUAGGACAAUUUCAAACUUCUUUUUUAGAUUGUUAUUAUAAGUUACAACAUGAUACCAGCCUUAAUUGGGAAUCUAGUGAUAUUUAUAGUGAUCAAACUGUUGAUAUUUAUUUAGAUUUACAAACUAAUCAAAUGUACACGAUGAUGGGUGAAUUGGAUGAUAAUAUUAUUGAACAAUGUGGUAAUUUUUCUUCAUCUCCAACCGAAUUAUUUUUGGAUCCGAAUGAAAUACAAGGAGAGGAAGAGGAGGAAAAAGACAAACUAAAGGAAUCGCAAAAAUCUCAAAAAGAUGAAAAUUCUGAGGAAAAAAAGCAAAUAUAUGAACCUCAAGGUUCUACGCAAGAUGAACAAGGAGAUUUUACUUUUAAUGUAAAUUUUGAUUCACCCGAUAAAGAAAAUUUUUUAAUUGCAGCGAGUGCGCCAGAAUCUGAAGAUGAAGAUGAUGAAGGUGGUUCAAUGGUGAAAACUUGUACUUCGACGGGUGCUGCAACUUCUAUCGCUGAAGAAGUUGCUUCACAUAUGACUUCAUCGAUCACCUCCUUUAACACCGGAAAUACGAUUCGACCUUUCAUUCGUAUUAUUAUGAUAGUUAAACCUAUGCGUCAACCACAUCACAUUCGUGGUCCUUAUUAUUCUCGCUUAUGCAUGUUAUAUCCUUUUCCUUUAUAUGACGCUCUUCAGCACGCUACAUUUAAUACUUCAUUAUACGCUUGUUCUCGCCGUGCAAUGCAAAUUUUACAAGCCUCUCGAACCUAUUUCACUCAAGAGUUAGUUAGGCAUUUACAAAAAGUUGAUAAUUUCUCUGAAGUAAACGAACAAAACCUUGAAGAUUUCUUUUUUGACCCAGAUGAAUUCAACAAAUUUCCUGAUGAUGCACGUAGGGUUCAACAAGCUCUUGAUGUUAUUCGUGAUGAAAUUGUUACUUUAAGACAGCAAUGGAAUGCUGCUUCUUGGACAAUGACAGCAAUCGAAUGGGAUCGUCAAAGAACAAUGCAAGCGUAUAGUUUUGGCGGAAGACCAAUGACUCUUAAUGUUUCCAAAUCAGCAGGUCAAAGUCGUGCCGCUUCAGUUUAUAAUUUAAGUCUUUCCAACAAUAAUGAUGACGAUGGUCCCAACAGGAAAAGAUUAUCCACAACUUCAAGGGUUUCUACUUCCGAUACAGUUUCACAUAUAGAAAUUCUUCGAGAUGUUAUGUUUCAUGCUCCUGAUCGUGCUUGGAAUUAUAUCAAUUUAUUGGGAAUACCAACUCCUUCAUUUUCCUCAAUUAAUAAUUCCGCAUAUUUAGCUUCAUUACCUGUUAUUGCAACUCCAACAUUAAGACGAUCACCUUCGAUAUCUUCUACGAUUUCAACAAUUUCAUCUAAUGCUUCUUCAGGAGCUAUAAAUCCUCUUCCUGCAAGAAAGAAAUCGGCUGGACAUCGUCUCAUGAGAACUUUUGGUUUCGAAAAUAGCAAAAAAAUUUUAGCCAAAAGGGCAAAUUCAAAGAAAUUAAAAGAUGUUCAAAUUGAUGAUCAAAGUAGUAUAAUUAAUUUUGAAAGUGAUGAUACAAUUACCAUCAUUGUUCCUCCUCGAUCACUAACUCCAAUAGCUUCAUCGUUUACUAUUGAACCUACUGAGCUUGAAGUUGAAACAAUGGAAAUUCAUCUUAAUGAUAAAUCGGAAGAACAUGAAUCAUCAACUAAUUCCCAACAAGAGGAUGUCGAAUUUUCAUCUGGAAUCGUUAUUAAAAAUUUCGAGGCAGAGGAUUUAGACGAGAAUGUUGUUGAUACCAAUGAACAUGAUGAUAGUAGUAAAUUUAUCACGGAAAAUGAGGACGAGGAAUUACCAUAUGAGAAUAAUAAAAAUAUUAUAAAAUCCAAAUCAAUACCAAAUCAUCAUCAUGAAACGGUUGAAAUUAUUGAAUUUGAAUUUAAAUCAAAAGACGAGAACGUUGUUGAUACCGAUGAACAUGAUAGUAGUAAAGUUAUCACGGAAAAUGAGGAUGCGGCGUUACCAAAUGAGAAUAAAACUAUUAUAGAAUCCAAAUCAAUACCAAAUCAUCAUAAUGAAACGGUUGAAAUUAUUGAAUUUGAAUUUAAAUCAAAAGACGAGAAUGUUGUUGAUAUCAAUGAACAUGAUGAUAGUAGUAAAGUUAUCACGGAAAAUGAGGAUGUGGCGUUACCUUAUGAGAAUAAAACUAUUAUAGAAUCCAAUUCAAAACCAAAUCAUGAUGAUGAAACGGUUGAAAUUAUUGAAUUUGGAUCUAAAUCAACAUCACAAAUGGAAUCCUUUACAAUGCCUUAUAAUGACGAAAACGACGUUUUUGAUGCUGAUGUGAUUAACCGUAGUAAUAUUGAAAGUAGCAUUACUUUUACAAAUAAUACAUCUUUAGAACUCGCUACUGCUAAUGGAGGAGAGGAAGAGUCUCCGGCAGACGAAAGUUCCGAUAUAAUUCACAUAAAGAGUAAUAACGAGAGCGACGUUAAUGAUGCUGACGUGAUUAACCGUAGUAAUAUUGAAAGUGACAUUACGUUUACAAAUAAUACAACUUUAGAACUCGCUACUGCUAAUGGAAGAGAGGAAGAGUCUCAGGCAGACGAAAGUUCCGAUAUCAUUCACAAAAAGAAUAUAAUUCAAACCAUUUUGGAUAGUAUUUCAGAAGUCAGUGAGGAAGUUAUUAAUGAGAAUAUCGUAAACGACAUGGUUCAUGAAAAUGAAAGCGAAGAUGAGUUCCUUAAACUAAUGGAAAUUUUUGAUAACAUUAAUAAUGAAGAAAGUACUGUCGUGGAAAAAGGAGAUGAUACUGAUGCUGCUAUGAACGCUCGUCUUGACGCUAUGAUUGACGCAACCGAUGUUAAUACUGAAAAUGUAGAACCUUUGUACGCGUCAAACAAGUUGUUGGCAUCAUCACUUUCAAAUGCUUCAUUUCCUUUAUCAAGUCCUACUACUCCGCAUUUUCCUCCUCCUUUAUUCUUACGAUCAAUACCUCCGACACCAUACUUUUCAGAUGAAAUUUUACAUUCACCUGAAACUUCCAUACCUGAAACUCCCGAUUUCCCCCCUCCAGAAUUUUCUAAUGAAUUUUCGGCACCACCAACACCUCAACUCGUUCCCCAAACAUUAUCAGAAAUUGAUUCUGAUAGUCCUCUGUUAGCUCCCUUGUCCUCUCCAUCAUCAGAAACACCGUUACACGCGUCAAUUCCAUCAACGCCACAGUUCUCACCUUCAGCACAUCAUUCUAGACCAUCAACACCUCAAUUAAAUGCAUUAACUUUAUUUGAAGAAUUAAAACAUGCGACAUAUCAAUUAGUCGCUCAAACUAAAUCUCCUCCUAGUUCAUUAUAUGAGGAAUCAAUUCAUACAUCUCAUGUACAACGAACGAAGUCACCACCACCUUUUCAAUAUUCAAGGCCACCAACUCCACAAGUUUCUCCGCCAAUUUCUCCAUCAUCACUUCCUCCUCUUCCUUUAUCAACUCCAUCAACUCCACGAUCCGUUCUAUCUCCAUUUUCUGCUCAGGCAUCUUCAAAUACGACAUCAACAGGUGAUCUUCCUGAGGCCACAAGUCAACCUUCAACUACAAAGUCGUCAUCCCCGUCUAUUUUUCCGAGAUCACGAACGACGACUCCGCCACCUGUAAAAAUUGCACUUUCUGACCAAGCGGUACCGACCACAUUAAAAUCACCUUUGACUUCACCAAUCCCAUCAUUGAUACCUAGACCUCCAAUUAAGGACGAAUUAAAGCCUGAAUUUGAUCAAUCAGAUUUUCAUCGUAAACCACGUUCUAGAGCUACAAGCUUUUCUGAAGGAAGUGACUUGGAGUUGAGGAAUAUACUACAUGCUAAUAAUCAUCCGCAACGAGCAGCUUCAGAACUUGGUUUUCAUGAUGUAGCUGAACUUAAUAAUAAUGUACGCGUUGAUUUCGAACAACAAAAGAUUAUAAAUGAUAACGAUGAGACUAAGAUUACUUCGAACAAUAACUCGGUUAAAGUAAACGGGUCUAAAACAUCUUUUAUAAAGUCACAAACUAAAAAUAAUAAAAAUUUAUUUAUUAUUAAAAAACUUAAAAAAUUAGAGAUUAAUACGGAAUGA